AUGGUAAAUCUGUUUCGUAGUGAUUCAAAAAAGAAGCGCGAAAAUUCCACAACGAAAAGUAAAUCAACAACUAAACCGACAGUAAUAUCACCAGAUGACAACGACGAAAAGAGAAGCUACGUAUACCAGGAACAGGAACAAGAACAAUUUCUUCUACAACAAGACAUAGAACUCGACUUCUGGAAAAACAAAGCCGAAGAAGCAAAACGAAUUCACGACUCCGAACGAUUAUUAUAUCAAGAAACAUUCAUCGCAAACAACAAAUUAAAACGUGAAGUCGCUCGUCUCGAUCGUUGGGUGGUUCACUUGCAGAAUGCGAACGACAAGGCCGCGCAAGAUCUAAUACAGAACCUGAAAACGAUUGAGGAAUUGAAAGUGGAGUGGGAAGAAGUGUGUCAAAAUUUUUGCGAUGGUAGUACACAUCGAAAACUUACGGUAGAAAACGAGUUGCUACGAACACAAGUUAAAGAGCUGCAGAAAUUCAUUGCGGAUUAUAACAAGUCUCGUAGAAAAUCCGAACAACUACGAAGGGACGCCGAAAAUAAGAACAAAUUUUGCGACCUAGAACAGCUUAAAAUCGAUUUAGAGCAUUUGACUAUUGCAUUACGUAAGACAACCUCACUGCAAGCUAGUAAUUUCAUCAUCAACGAAGAAGCAGCAAAGCAAUUACUUGAUCAGUACGACGUGAAAUAUUACCCAGGCGAACAUUUACCCAGAAACCUAAUUAGUGCAGCUUUACAACGUCGUAUAAUCGAGACGGUGUUAAAUCGAAUGAACGCUUAUUUCGACAAUUCUGUUCGCCCGAACGAUAACGAUAAUUCAGAAAUUGACUGGAGUGCACAAAUACUCCACCAGAAGUCAACAUACGAAGACAGCUCGAAUAAGGAAAACGCGAUAGAUCGACAAAUAAUAACUACAAUGGAAGCGCUGGCCGAACAAUUUACCAUAUUCUCGAAAACGAAUCCCGACGCAAAAAUCCUAUCGGAAGACUCGAAAAUACAAUUACGACAAUUGAUCUUCAAUUUACUCGGUUCUCGUACUUUUGAAACAUCCGAUUCGUUGGUUAUCGAUUCGAUAUGCACGGAAAUUCUUGAAGGAUUAGAACAAAUCCGCACAGUGCCAUCCCGCAAACAACGAGCUUUAUUGAAAAAACAGGAUGAACAAACAAUACGACAAUGUAUUUCCACAUUAUUCUUUAAGCUUAUCGCGCAACAUCCUACAUUGCAUAUCGAAUGGCUGCCAAAACGAACGCCUGUCAACGAGUCCAUAAUGGAUUUGACUUGGAUUGACGAUGACGAGUCAAUCGAGAUUUGUUCUUUUCCGUUGAUUAAGGUGACGAAAACUGAUGAAAUUGUGUUUAAAGCACAUGUUGAGGCUUCUUCGGAAGGAACAAAAUGUGGCGAUGAUGUUGGAUUGAUCUCGAUGAUUGAAUUGGAUGAUGAUAAUAGUAAUGAAGUGAAAGAAAAUGAGGAGGAGAAGCACAAAGAAUUUUCACCGUCACUCAAGAACGAGAAAAAAGUGGCUGAAACCAAAUCAAUUAUCACAGAUAUCCCGCAAUUUACCGAAGAGCCAUUGCCAAUUAAACCAACCAUCACAGAUAUCCCUCAAUUUACCGAAGAGCCAUUGCCAAUUAAACCAACUACAGAAACUCAUACAAAAAGAAAAGAACCAAUUCAUGUCACCAAAAUAACAAUACCUAAAAAGACCUCCAAAACAAUUACAAAAUCUUCAUCAACAUCCGUACUAACAACAAAACCGAUACCAGUCACGCCAACAAAACCAAAAAAAGCUAUUCGUCCACCUUCUCCUUCUCGACGACAAUCAUCAUAUAUAGGAAGCUUGGCAUCGUGGGCUACAUCAUAUGUCCCGCCAGUCGUUCAAGACACCGUUCAAACAAAUAUCACGAAAAUAGAAGAAUAUCUCCCCAAGUCUGUUCAAUCGAAAUUAGACCAAUAUAUUCCGUAUUUGCCAUUCAGUCAAAAUAAUAAAUAA